CACUCGGUGGUUUCCGUGAGCGGGCCUGAGCGAAAGCGACGAAUCGUGGAGCGUUCGGAGAUUUCCGGAGCCUAUCGGGUCUUUUCGAACCACGACUCUUUUCUUCUUUCGCUCUUCGGAAAAGGAGUUCGGGUGUUGCCGGUUACCACUUUCGUCUGUUUCCGGAAGUAAGUUCGGUAGUUUCCGGAGGGAUGGAUGAGUGCCAAGCGUCACGACUCGGGUUAUCAGAAGCGGCGGCAGCAGUGGCUGCAGUAGCUGCGGCUGUGCGGGAUGGGCCCGAGGUAACGUCGGUUACGGUCAUGACUGGGCCUGAUGGCAGAAGUGCGACAGGAAACGGGUAUACAGAGGUCACAGUGUCCAGCGUCGGAGCUCCAGGGGAGAAUGUUUUCACCACGUCAGUGGCCAGCACGGCCGCUCUGUCUGAUCAUGUCCUUGCAGAGAGGGCUUCCCUACAGAUUGGAGACAGCUUGAGCACUGAGAAAGCCACGCUGAUUGUGGUGCACACUGAUGGGAGCAUCGUGGAAACCCAGAACAUUAAAGUGCCAACAGCUUCAGUGACACCAGGAUCUGAUGGGUCGUCCACCCCACAGUCCCCUGGAGCAGACAAAGAUUGCACAAAAUACAACUGGGAUCAGUCAGUGUAUGAUAAUGAAUUGCCUGUACGGUGUCGUAAUAUCAGUGGGAUCCUGUACAAGAACCGCCUAGGAUCAGGGGGUCGAGGCCGCUGUGUGAAGCACUCUGAUGGGUGGUACACUCCUACUGAGUUUGAAGCCAUGGCAGGCAGAGCCAGCAGCAAAGACUGGAAAAGAAGUAUCCGUUAUGCAGGGAGACCACUGCAGUGCCUUAUACAGGAUGGCCUGCUGACCCCUCAUGCCGCGUCCUGUACUUGUGCAGCCUGCUGCGAUGACCUCAGCCUGAGUGGCCCUGUGCGUCUGUUCAUACCUUACAAGCGGCGUAAAAAGGAAGGAGAGAUGUCAGCAGUUUCCGCUAAAAAAGAUCCAGCAAAGAUCAGCCUUCUCCCGGCUACAGCGGAAACCACCUUCACUGUAACGUCAUCCGGACAGAUCACCACCACAGAGUCGCUAGCCUUUGAGAGAGAAGCCACUGCGGAGACUACUACAAUCCUGACGGAUAGUCCUACACAGGGAGAUGUGUACACAGGGGCAGCAGUGUUGUCCUCUCUACCGGCGUUGGCACUAGCACCAAGCACUCCCACUAAGGAAUCAUCAGCCGGAGUGAUGAAUGGGUUGGAGAUGGCGGAGCAUCAGAGGCCCUGGCUGUACUUGGAAGAAAUGGUGAAUUCCUUACUCAGCACAGCACAGCAGCUGAAGACCUAUGUGGAGCAGGCCAAAAGUGAAGCAGCAGCGGCUGCUGAAAGGAAGGAGUUCCCCAGUCAUCUGUUCCAACAAACAGAGGAAAUAGAUGGGAAACACGAGAUUUUGCUUCGGCAAUCCUGCGUUAACUGCGGCAGAGAAGCCCUUAAUGAAUGCACAGGCUGCCACAAAGUGAAUUAUUGCUCCAUCUUUUGCCAACGCAAGGACUGGAAAGAUCACCAGCACCUCUGUGGUCAGGCAUCCGCCUUGUCCGUUCAUGCUGAGGAAGUUCAUGUCGCAGAGAAGGAUCCGGUCUGAUGGUGCUUUACGUGCUAUGUCCUGCAAAGAACCUUUAAUAUUAUAUUGGUGCUUUCCAUUAUUUUCCAUCCAGGACAUGUAGGAAAUGAAUCAGCAAUUCAUAAUACAGUACGCCACCUGAAAUAGGUCUGUGAAGAGAUUUAUCAUACAUAGGGGGACAUGUACUAAGCAGCGAUAAAAGUGGAGAAGUGAGCCAGUGGAGAAGUUGCCCAAGGCAACCAAUCUGCAUUGAUGUAACCUUUCUAAUAUGCAUACUUUAAAAGUAUACAGAGCAGCUGAUGGGUUGCCAUGGGCAACUUCUCCACUGGCUCGUUUCUCCACUGUCAUCACUGCUUAGUACAUGUCCCCCAAAAUGAGGACCUCAUUGUAAUUGGGUCUUAAUACUGUAAUGAGAAAUAACUGUCAUACAGUGCUCUAAACAGUAUGGUAUCAGUAUACCAUAGAUAUGUCAAAGGGUCAUACUGUUCUGAUACUAGCAUUGGGUUAAAUGAAUCCAACAUUACUAUAUGUAAGGUGAGUAAUGUGCUGCUUAGAUUAUCUAGAAUGAAAGUCCCCAUGAGUGGCAAGGACAUCACGGCUACAUAUAAGGGGCCACAUGCCUUAGAUCUGUUGAUGUCAGGGUGGGAAUCUCCCUAUAUACAGUACAUGUCUAUCAUUUGGAGGAGUGUGUUCAAAUGUUUAUCUGGAACGUGGUCACAGGAGUCUGUCUACAGCAAAAGUGAUUGGGUACAGUGUUUACAAUGCUCAUUUUGUGAAUUGUUUUAAAUUGUACAGAUAUAUACUAUGUAUUCGAGUAUAAAAGCAAAGUAUUAUUUUUUUAAUCAUAACGCUGAAUGCGCUAGUCUGAGUCUGCGUGGAGCAGCUGUUUUGCUGAGGGUGUUUAAUAAACUUUUGCCCUGCAAAAUG